UUGAAGACAUUAACAGACGUACAGAGGAUGUGUGGCGUGAAAACAGGCUGCACUGCUAGCAUUGUUCAGCAAUAGGAAGUCAAAACAGGGGAGAGAACUCCAUCACUGCCUGACCACCUUUGAGUUUUAUAUUCAACACUUUGUAUUAUUUGUCUUCCUUAAAUAGCUGGAGAUGUUUCUCGUGCCUGCGGUUGUUUCGUUGAUGAUUUUUUUGCGCAUCUGUCUUGCAUCCAGUUGUGGUGGAAAGUGUACAGAUAAUCCUGUAUUCACUCCAUCCAGCCUGGUAGUGAAGUUUGGUGACCCAGCCUCUGCCAGGUGCUCUGUGUGUCAGCGUUGCCAGAGCAAGGCAUUUGGUUUGGAAAAAUCUUUGGGAGAGUUAACAGAAAAUGGGACCACGGUUUUUUGGACAGUUGACAGAAUGACCGAAUGGGGCACGUCUGCCAUUUGCUAUUAUAAUGAUGAAGAUACUGGCUGCCAAUGUUCCAGCACCCUGCAUGUAACUGUCUACCAGCCUCCAGAUAGUGUGUCGAUCAACUUUGCGAAUCACUCUGGGCCUGUGUUUGCUGGUCGUCAGUACGCCCUGCAGUGCACGGUACAGGGUGUCGCUGUUGUUGAAAACCUUGUUGUGACCUUCUACAGAGGACAGACAGCACUGGGUCAACAGAAGUCCAAGAAUAAAGGGAAGAAACCAGUGAAUGAAAGCUUCACUUUUACAAUCACCCCCAGUGAAGAAGAUGAUGGAGUCCACUACUGGUGUGAAGCCAAACUAGAUCUUGGACCUGAAGGACCACAGCUCCCUCCAGUGGUGAUGUCACAAAACAUGACUGCCGUGGUCCACUAUAAGCCUCAGGGGUCAUCACGUCUCCUUCCGGUCACCGUCACAGAGGGAAACCCUCUGCACCUGAACUGCUCCACUGUGGGAAACCCCAGCCCCUCGUACACCUGGACGCUCCCGUCGGCUAUCCCUCCCCCCUCUGGUGGCAGCGUCCUCACUAUCAACGCUGUAACGAGCGCAGAUGCAGGGCAGUACACCUGUUCUGUCACCAACGACGUGGGGACAAUCACUGUGAAGUUCACCGUGGUUGUCCAAAGACUGGAAUCAACCUCAACCAGACUGCCGCCAACAACAACCGCCACCAGAACAACCAGAACAGCCACACAGACGAGAGCAGCGUGGAACAGCAGCACCAGCAGCAGACUGAUUCACAGGUUCAUGCUGUGUUUUAUGCUUUUAUUCUCUACUCUGGCCGCCUCCAGCCUCACUGACCUGCACCACCACACUCCCUCCCUUGCCAGACUCCUGUCUCCACCCGCACCUUUGAUGUGCUGUACAAAUGCUGAUAAGGCGUUUCUCUGUCUCAUCAAGACAGAUGAAAACUGUGCAGAUAAACCUGUGUUCAGCUCAUCCAGACUGGUGGUUCAGUAUGGCGACCCAACCUCUGCCCGCUGCUCUGCAUGCCAGCAGGCUUGCCACAGUGGUCAAACUGGUUUGGAAGUACCUAUUGGAGUGACGAGACAUGAUGGAUCCAUGAUACUUUGGAAGGUUGCAAGUAUGACUGAAUGGGACACAUCUGUAAUGUGCUACUAUAAUGCUGCUGAUGGUAGCCAGUGUUGUAGCACGCUGCCUGUAACUGUCUACAAGCCUCCAGAUAUCGUGAGCAUCAGACUCAUCAGUGACUAUGGGCUGAUGUUUGCUGAUCAUCAGUACACUUUGCUUUGUGAGGUACAGGAUGUCGCUCCCAUUGAAAACCUCAUUGUGACCUUCUACAGAGAUCAGACUGUACUGGGUCAGCAGCAGUCUGACAAUAAAGACAAGAAACCAGUGGCUGAAGUCUUCAUUUUAAACUUCCGCCCCAGUGAAGACGAUGAUGGAGCCCAGUACUGGUGUGAAGCCAAGCUAGAAAUGGGACCUGAAGGACCACAGCCUCCUCCAGUGGUGGUGUCACAAAACGUCACCGCCAAUGUGCAGACUCUGGAGUACACCACUGACAGCAGCACGGUGAUUCACAGCUUCAAUAUCUGCCUCUUUCUUUUAUUGUUUGCUCUGGUUUGAGGUCAUUCUCAGAGUAAUUUAGAGGCAGUUUGUUUCAGAAAUAUAACAUAACAAUAAAGAGAAGCUAAUUUCCUAUGUAACUCAUAUCUGAUAUCCACACAAAUCAAACGCAGCCUCUGCUGUAAGAAUGAGAAAAACAACCCAUAGGUCAACUGCAAGCGGGUUAUCAUGACCAUUAUUUACUUUUAUUGUUAGGUGCCAACGGCGAGGUUACACAUCACGCCUUUCUGGGCUCUGGUUGAUUGAUCGACUGAAAUGAGCAAAAGAUUCAGGAUAAGCAUUAAAACAUCACAUGAUUAGAAUGUAUGCAUGUUUAUUUUGGAUCUCUGGAUUUUAUUUGUGUAUUGGAGGACUGUUAGAUUAUUGUAUUGGUGUCUAUUUUACUUCAUUAAAGCAUCUGUAAUGAUAUUUUAGUUUAGUUGUAGUUUGUUUGGAAGAGAGAGAGAGAGAUUGUAUAUGCAUCUUGAGGUCCAGGACAUUUCAGUCACUCCUCUCACAACUUCAAAAAGCUGCCUGAGGGUUCAGACUUGGUUUUAAGGGUUACACACCAUGGUGUCAUGGGUCAGGAAGUCACCCAUGAGUCCUUGGAUGAAAACAAACCCC